UCGGCUAUCGCCAUCGUCAUCAGCAUCGGCUAUCUCUGUCCGCAGUAGUUUUUGAUGUCGUUUGCGUCGCUUCGCAGUUUGUGAUUUCGAGUGGUUAUACAAACAUCUUCUACAAGAGAAAUAUCUCUGCCUCUAUAUAAAAAAGAAUCAUUGUAGGCAGCGACUGCUGACUUCAAUAGAAAUUUGUGAUUUUUUUGUGCGAAAUCCAAGUGCAAAAAUCGUUGGCGGAGUUCUGUGGGCGCCUAUGUGGGCAGAAGCAGCACAGUAAACGUGCAAGUACAAUUUAGCGGUAAAGACACCAUCUGAAAAUUUGUUUGCAAAUAAACUGAAAAAAAGUGAAAAUGGAAAAGUUGGAUGCAAAUUUGGAGACUCAGUUCGAUCUUAAUCUCAUUGAGGCAGUGAAGCAAAACCCAGUUAUAUAUGAUCGUUCACAUUAUAAUUACAAACAUUUUGUUAGAAAGGCGCAAACCUGGAAGCAGAUCGCAGAGCUGCUUGGAGUGCCAGAACAAAAAUGUACGAAACGUUGGAAAAGUUUGCGCGACAAAUUCGCACGUGAAAUGAAAUUGUGCCAAGAAUCGCGAUGGCGCUACUUCAAACAAAUGCAGUUUUUAGUGGAUUCAAUUAGACAAUAUCGAGAAUCUCUUUUGGGCAAAUGUAAUAACGUGCAACAGAAUACCAACACGGUUACACAGGUUGAUCCAAAUCAACAGCAGCAACAACAACAACCUCAGCAGCAAACAGUUGUAGACGUAUUUGCACAACCAUUUAAUGGCACCGCCUCAACAUCAACACAAGCUCUUGCACAUCCGCAUGAAAUUACAGUUACAGGCGACACUCAGUUAGCCACCGCCGCGAAGGAACAAAAACCAUACUUUUAUGAACCAGCUCUGAAACGUGAACGCACCGAAGAAGACAAUCACGAUAAUAUGCUGAAUACCAUUAAAAUAUUUCAAAAUUCAAUGACGCAAGCAGUUAGCGCUGAGGAUCAGUCGUUCGGUAUGGUCGUCACCGACAUGCUUAACACCCUAGGGGUACGACAAAAGGCCGAAGCCAAGGUACAUAUUAUCAAGUACCUUACAGAUAUGCAGUUGCUGGCACAACAUAAUAAAUAUUAGAUUAAGGAGCUUAGAGCGAUAGAUGAUUUUAAAAGCUUGGUAUGUGGCGCAGUGUUUUAAAGCUACAAUUUAACUGAAUCGAGUAGCCAACAUUCCAACGGAUCCCCUGCCAACGAUGAGAAUUUCAAAAUGUACUUCCAAAAAGCAGCAACAAAACCAAAUACUAAUAAAUUCGAGAUAAAGUUAAAAAGGUGCCACCUAACAAAACUGGGGGGACAACAUUUUAUCGAAGAAUUUCCUUUGGUCAUUAAAUGGUAUAAACUUCUAAAAUAAUUGUAAUGCUCUUGAUAUCAUAAGUGACAAGUGAUUUGUACAAAAAAAUACGGCUAUUAUCAGAGUUGUACCAUUCGCAGAAGUAGAUUCUUCUGUUAAGACUUGUUUUUGGCAUUUGUAUGGAACACACUGAAAUAUUACGUACGUUAGUUGACACUAGUUGAUCUGUUUGGAAUCGAGAUCGAGUGAUGAUAAAUUUACACUAACGUAAUUAUAAGCAAAGAAAAUAAAUUAAAAAUGUUAUUUUAAUAAAAAGUUUUGUUCAUAUUUAAUUUUA